AUGGCGAUACGGGAUGCAGCUAAAGGGCUCUCGGCUUUCGCAUGUGCUAUGUCCGAGACCGAAUUUCCAAAGACGCGAUUUCUGCCCGGAGUGCUGGAGAUCGCACAGGAUGGCACGUGGGUCGACUACAAGGCCGUGACGGUCCUCAAGCGGUUCGAUUCAUCUUCGAGACCUUGGCUCUGCAAGCUGCAUCCGUUCCGAGGCCAAGAGCAACCCCAAGUCAUUUUGAAGCCGGAGGAUCUUGGCCGUGAGGCCUGCAUUAUGCAGAUAGCUUCGAGAUGCAACUCGAUUUGGCAGGCCAAUCAGGUGCAAUGUUGCGGUGAAGUCGUGUACGUGAAGACCUAUCGAAUCUUUCCCGUUGGUCCAGACUUCGGGGUCGUUGAAGCAGUGCCCCACGCCACGACCAUACAAAAACUCAAGCGGGACUGCCCGAGCGGCAGCCGGCGUCGUCACCGAGUGCAUCACUUCCUUCAAGGGAAUGAUGGCAAGCUGAACCGGCUGGCAGCCACAACAGCAGGGCUGUUGGCCAUGUCCUACAUCAUCGGCCUUGCAGAUGGCCACGGUGACAACUAUAUGAUCACAACGGAGGGCGAGUACUUCCGCAUUGACUUCGAGCACACCUUUGGCGAACGGCCUUCGGGGCCUGACGUUCCCCGUCUCUGGCUGCCUCUUGCGGUCCGCGAAGCCUUGGGCGAACGCUUGGACGAGGUGAUUGAUGCAGCGCAGCUGGCGGUUGAAGUAUUGUUUGGCCUCCCCAGCAAUUACCUUUGGGAUCUGCUCCAGGUGCUGGAUAUGGCUUUCCCCGAAAAAGAAAGUGCUGUGGAGUAUGUCACUCAUCUUAGCGUUGAGGAAUUCCAGACAGAAGUGCAAGGUGUUCGAAGCUGUACGACGGUGAAAUGCAUGAAGGGGAUGUGCCGGGAGUUGGGUUAUGGCAAACCACGUUGGAGCCGCCACCACGCGAAGCUCAACGUCAAGUCUCCAGCAGCUUUGCUGUGCAUCUGCAGGCAGCGCAGGCUGCGCCAUGUCUCUCAAGCACAGGAGUUGGUCGAUUUUGCCGAGGCUUUGUGUUCAAUUGGGCGAUUGCCCCGGAUGGUACACGUUGACGACACAUUCUCCCUGUUGUCAAGGCUCGAGGCGCCCAGCCUACUUCUGUCAUUAAUCGAUGCAGUGAAUCAAACGGUUUCAGGUGCUUCAGAGAACACCAACAUGCUUGCAGAAGGUCUGGAAUCUCUUGUCAAUUGGCUUUGCAAUGCACCGAUGCAGCAGCAAGAAAUGCUGGACGAAGCUGCAGCGAGCAUGCAUGUGUUGGACACCAAUGGAGCGUUGACCGACGAGCAAGGCGCGGAGCUUUUCCAAAGGGCAGAAGACAUGUUAGCGUGUCAGCAAGUUGCGGCGGUCAUGCAGGAGAACAACGGGCUUUUGACCCACCAGCAAGUCGUGGAGCUUGUCCAACAGGCAGCGGAGCAUCCGGAGACAGAGCUCACGCAAUGGCUUGAGCGCCACUGUUCGGCUGGAACCUUUGAACGACUCAUGCAAUGGCAUCAGUUGCACGUCCAUAACCUGGAGCAAGCUGCAUCAGUGGCGGAUAACUAUUCUGGGUCAUGGCUUCCUGGAGUUCUGGGCCUUAAAUGCCUUAAACUGCUUUGCUGGGACAGAGACGUCAUGGGUGCCGUGCUGCCCGUGGCCGUUCACUUUUUCCUCCCUCGAAUCAUGGCGAUCUUGCCUGCAACAAUGGCAGCAACCCCCGGCUUCUUAGUGUCCUUUGCCUUGACGAACGCGUUCCGAAUGCUGCCCAGUCUUGUUCGAAGCCAGAUGUUGACGCAUUUCUUGAGCAAGCUCCAUCUCCAAGGACAUCCGGAGAAAGAUCAGGUUGAAAUGGCAUACUGGCAGUUAGGGCACAGGUUCUUGCCGUCCCGGCUCGGACAGAAAGAUGAUUUUGAGGCGGUCAGCGUGGCGUACAUGGUAUGCCUAGCCCUUCUUGAUGAGCCGUCCCGUGAACCCAUGGAAUGA